CAGUUCUACGUGCUCGUCGUGUGAUGUGGCAUUAAAAAUUUUAUUUGUUUAAAUUUAAAGUUAAUAAAUAAUUAAAUACAUAAACUUAAAGUUUAGCAAGAGAUCGAAAAGUUCCGGUUGUAUUGUCCCCAAAUGGACUGUGGUGUAUUUUCAAAUUAUUUAGAGGCUUUUUUUAUUCAGGGAAAAUACAAAUUUAGUGACGGUCCAAAAAUAUUUAUAAAUGUUAAAAAUAAGUGACAUUUGUUUAUUAAAAUUGGAAAAGAAUGUCAAUUACUUAAUGAGCGUCAGUGACUUCUAACCGACGGCACGGCGUUUAUUAUUCAAGCUUCGUUGAUUCCCAACGCCCAAUCAUUGAGGCUUUCCUUUUCCGGUAAAAACAAACUGAUUGUGAGCUCGGCUUCGAAAUAUUCCCAGGAGAAAGUUUUCAUACCGUAUUUUUAAUUAAAAAUUUUUUUAAAAAGUGCGGGGACCAUCGGCAAAUUAAAAUUGGAAAAAAGUUGAAUGGAAUGUCUAAUUUACGAUUUGUUUGAAAGAAGGAAAUAUGAACAAAAAUAAUCGAGGUUUUUGUCCCAAUCGCUGGCGAUGUGGAACGAGAAAAGUGGAUCAGCCCUCGAGAUACGAUCCAGCAAAAAUGGAAAAGAAUUCUCCAGUGGAAGCGGACCAUUCCGAAAUGAAAAUUAUCAUCCCGACGGUGAGCGUCGCGACGUCAAUUCCACCAAAACCUGAAAAUAUUCCAUGUAAUAGUGGAGCUUGUAAAUCAUCAAGAAUGAGAAGUGAUCCUCGACCCGAAAGUCCCUGGCACAUCUUAAAAACAAUUUUUCUAAUUGUCGUCGUGGUUGCACUUAUAAUUUGGGUCAUUGUCUACACCCUAUUGGUACAAUACCAAAUAUUGUAAAAAUUGAGUCGACGUGGGCACAGUGUGCCUAUAAAAAGAGUUUUGUAACCUCCUCCUCCUCCUCCUCCUCCUCCUCCUCCUCCUCCUUUACCCCUUCCUCCUUUUCCUCCUUAUCUGUUUCCUCCCUACGUUUAGGUGAGGGGGGGGGGCAUAAAAUUAAUCGAAAAUGAAUUUUAUACUUUUUACCAUUUUUAUUUUUUGCAACAUUCCAUCGACACUGCAAAUAUUUGGACUUCUAGAAUUGUAAAUAUUAAAAUUCUUACAAAAGGAAUCUCUGAAAAGUUUCUUUAGGGUUUUAAAAAAAAUGGAUCUUUUUUAAUUCUUGUAGACAGGAUUUUCGAAAUCCUAUUGUAUUUAAAAUAUGACUGUACAAUUAUUUAGAGAGACUGUAAUAUAUGUAAAUAAAUUUUUAUUAUUUUAGGCUUAGAUUAAAUAAUAAAUACUUAUAUUUUUUCUGAGAUAUUCAAGAUUAUUACUGAUAAUACGCUGUUUAUGAACGUAAGUUUCGUGUAAAAUUAAUAUUGUUUAUAAAUUGUUAUUGUAAAUAUUUUUAGACUAUAUUUAU